AUGAAUGCAAGGAUCGCGGCUAUUAAUACCAAUGAUGUGCACAAAAUCACGUCAGGACAGGUAAUAGUGGAUCUGACUUCCGCAGUGAAAGAACUCGUCGAUAACAGUAUAGACGCGGGAGCUGAUCAAAUUGAGCUCAUAUUUAAAAACUAUGGCAUGGAGUCGUUUGAAUGCAUUGACAAUGGUGCCGGUAUAUCUGAAGAGAACUAUGCAUCUAUCGCUUUAAAGCACUAUACGUCCAAAAUAUCUAAUUACCAAGAUGUUUCCAGGGUCACCACUUUGGGCUUCAGAGGGGAAGCAUUGUCAUCCUUAUCAGCUAUCGCCAAUAUCGUUGUUAUAACCACAACUAAUCCACCCAAAGCUGCAAAGUUAGAGUUUGAUUUCGGUGGGAAUUUGGUGAAAAACACAGUAACAUCUCGCAACAAAGGUACUACGGUUCAGGUUUCACAUCUCUUCAAUAGUCUGCCAGUUAGAAAGAAAGAAUUUACGAAAAAUCAUAAGCGGAUAUUCAACAAAUGCAUUACGCUGCUACAGGCAUAUACAAUAAUUCAGGAUAACAUCAAAAUAUCCGUGUGGCAUGCAACAAGCAAUGGCCGUAAGUCUUUAGUUCUCUCUUCAACUAAGAGUCAGGGCCUUCCCAAGAGAAUCUUAAGCGUAUUUGGAUCAAGUGGGAUGAAAGGGCUAUCAGAAAUUAAUAUGGAUUUGGAUCUCAACUCAAGCAAGCCCCGGAUAUCCAAAAUGUACGCUGAAGAACCAUAUUGGGAAUCACUGGAUUACAGAAUUCAAUUGACUGGUUAUAUAUCAAAAAACUCUUUUGGUUGUGGUCGUAACGCGAAGGACAGACAAUUCGUCUACAUUAAUAAGCGUCCUGUUGAACACCCCCAAUUACUGAAAUGCUGCAAUGAAGUCUAUCGAACCUUUAACAAUGUCCAGUAUCCUGCGCUUUUUCUAAAUUUUGAGAUUGCACCGGAGUUGCUAGAUAUUAAUAUAACACCAGACAAAAGAACCGUUUUAUUACAUAAUGAGGAUCUCGUAUUAGAUGUAUUACGCGAGAAGCUCGGAGAGUUUUAUUCUAGUCAGGAAAUGGUCUUACCCCUAGCUGCUAGUCUAAAAUCAAAUGACAGCGAAAAUUCAGUCAGUAAGAGAAGAAAACUUGAAUCAACGAGUUCGGAAAUAUCUUCGACUUAUGGUGAUGAUGAUGAUGAUCAUAACAGGGAUGCAAUUUAUAGAACGCCUCUGGAAAGGAUAGACGAGGGUGCAAGGGGCCUGAUAAAUAAUAAGAAAAACGACACCAGGUUAGAUGAGAAGAAUAGUUGUGAUGACCGUGAUACUACUGGCCUAUCACAUGACGAAAUGGAUGUGGCAGGGGUUAAGGUUACUAUGAUAUCACCUAAUGGACAUGAAACAAAUGUGCAGAGGACUCUGGAUUCUUUCGCUCACCCUACGACAAAUACAGCAACUUUGUUCGUCAAUGAUUCAGGCGAAGAGGAGGAAGAAGAAAUCGUGACUGUAGAAGUUGGUGACAAAAAGCUGAAGGAAAAAGCUGUACUUACAAAAGACAAUGACUUGAUAUUUUCCCAAGAGAAUGCAAAUGAGUCCUCAUGCGCUUGCCAUUCAAACCACAAUCAUGACCUUGACCUUGAACUUAAUGAUGAGAAUGACGAUGCCAUAACCUUAGAAAAUGAGCAGCAACAUGUUGAAGAAGACGAAGAAAUAGAGGAAGAUAUUGAAGAAGGAAUUGUUGCCCAACAGGGAGAAAUAAACGUACGAGUGUCGAUGCCUAACAGCGUUCCUACUUCAAGAAACUCAUUAAAAGGUGGAGAUUCUACAGCGCCACAAUUACAGUCUACACGUGUUAGCUUGGCCUUGGAAAUUGAUCAUCUAAAUACUAGCUUCCGCCAUGCCUUAACAUUUUGCGGGAAGAUGGGCCAGGAUGGGCACGAAACCAAGAUUCAAAAGAACGAACAAAUAGAAAACUUCGACGAGGGUGAAAAAUAUUUAACAUUGACGGUUUCGAAGGCAGAUUUCAAAGAGAUGACUAUUAUUGGUCAAUUCAAUUUGGGAUUCAUCUUGGCUACCCGGAGACUUAAUCAUAAAUUCGAUCUUUUCAUUUUGGACCAGCACGCUAGUGACGAGAAGUUUAACUUUGAAAUGUUGCAAAAAAGCACCACAUUCAAAUCUCAACGUUUAAUUGCCCCCCAGCCCAUUGAAAUGAGCAUUAUCGAUGAACUGAUAGUCAUGGAUAAUUUAGCGGUCUUUGAAAGAAACGGGUUUAAGUUAGAGGUGGACGAAAAUCAACCACAAGGUAGUCGUGUUAAACUAAUAAGUUUGCCGGUUUCGAAAAGAACCAUAUUUGAUUCGAGCGACCUGAAUGAGCUGAUCCAUCUCGUGAAGGAGACUGACGGACUGAAUAAGAUGAAUGUACGGUGUUCGAAGAUUAGAGCCAUGUUUGCAAUGCGAGCAUGCAGGAGCAGCAUCAUGGUGGGAAAACCUUUGACUAGGAAGGCAAUGACUCGUGUCGUGCGGCAUCUCAGCGAGUUGGACAAACCAUGGAAUUGUCCGCAUGGUAGACCCACGAUGCGCCAUCUCAUGGAACUGAGAGACUGGGACUCUUUCAAGACCGAUUACGAAUUGUGA